UGUCUCUUCAUCCUCUCUUCUUCAUCCUCCUCUCCUCUUCAUCCUCGUCUCCUGACCAAUCACUGCUAACUAAAGACGUCUGGCUCCAACAUGGCGGCGUCUCUAUCAUGAAGGAAAGAGCGACUGAUGGAGUUCAUACGUUGGAGGUGAGCGUUUCCUGCGGGCGACGUCAUCCUCAGGCCAGUUCUGAUCCAGUCCACGGUUCUGGACCCGGAAGAAGGAGAUCCCAGUUUCCCUCCAAACUUCUUCCUUUAAAUAUGCAGUUCUGUUUUCUAGAAACAAAUAUGUUUUUCCUCUAAAACCUUUAGCAAAAUUCGAAUUUGAUGCAUCUUAACUCAGAAAGAACUGAACAAAAGAAAGUAUUUAAAAAACAAAAACGGAGCAUUUUCGUAAUAAACUUAAAAAGGUGAAGAGAAAAGAUUUUUGUGUAAAUAGUUUUAAAGCUGGAGAAGUUUUUUUUUUUUUACGGAUUUUUCAUCUCCAGAAACUUCCGGUGGAGAGUCUCGGUUCUCGGACGCUGAUUGGUUCCUAGGAGGAAGGUGGGUGGGGUCUACAGAAAGAUUGUCAUUGGUAGUUUCCAGACGGAGCCACGUCCUCGGUAGAUGAUUGGUGGGUAGCUCUCUGGGUGGGCGGGCCCUGGUUUGAACCGCGCUAAAGCCGCGGUGUCAGAUUUCUGCUCGGGAGGGUCAGAGGAACUUCACCGAACCGCCGCGGCGCGAGCGCAGACCGACACCCCCGGUGAGCCUCCGGUUCAGAAGCGGGACCGGCGUCAUGGCGGAGCUCAACUCUUCUGCCCCCACCGAGAGGCGGCAGAGCCGGCGGAGCCAGCAGAGGAAGACCGCCGGCGGCCAGGUGACUCUGGAGAAGGUUCUGGGCAUCACCACGGUCAGCAGCAGUGGACUGACCUCUGACCCCAACACCGGCCUCAUCGCAUACCCAGCAGGGAGCGUGGUGGUUCUGCUGCAGCCCAAAGGGAACCAGCAGAACCACAUCCUGAACGGGUCCAGGAAACCCUUCACCGCUGUGGCCUUCUCUCACGACGGGAAACACCUGGCCACCGGGGAGAGCGGCCACAGGCCCUGUGUGCGGGUGUGGGAGGUGGGGGGCUCUCAGGUGGCCGAGGUCCAGUCCCACAAGCACGGCGUCUCCUGCGUGGCGUUCUCCUCCAACGGCGCCUACAUCGUCUCCGUGGGAUACCAGCACGACAUGACCGUCAGCGUGUGGGACUGGAGGAAAGGCUCCAUCGUGGCCUCCAACAAGGUGUCCAGCCGGGUUCUGUCGGUGUCCUUCUCUCAGGACAGCAGCUACUUCGUCACGGCAGGAAACCGCCACGUGAAAUUCUGGUACCUGGACGCCUCCAGAGAUCAGCGGGUCUUCAGCACGGUGCCUCUGAUUGGUCGGUCGGGGCUGCUGAACGACCACAAGACCAGCGUGUUCUGUGGGGUGGCGUGUGGGCGGGGCCUCACAGCCUCCAACACUUACUGUGUCACCAGCAGCGGCCUUCUGUGUCUGUUCAACCGCCUGCGGCACCUGGAGGCGUGGGUUGACCUAAAGACGUCCUCGGCUAGCUGCCUGGCGGUCAGCGAGGACUUUGUCUUCUGCGGCUGUGCGGACGGCGUGAUCCGAGUUUUCAGCCCGACACGUCUGCAGUACUUGACCACGCUCCAGCGGCCACACCUCCUGGGGGCGGAGCAAGGCCUGCCAGCAGCCGGGCCGGAUGCUCAGCACCCCCCCACACUGGCCCUGACCCUUGACCCCCGCAGCCGGAUGCUGACCUGCGUGUACGGCGACCACAGCAUCUACGUGUGGGACGUGCACGACUUGGGGAACGUCGGGAAAAUCUACUCAGCGCGGUACCACAGUGGCUGCGUGUGGAACCUGGAGGUGUACCCGGAGCUGCCGGAUCCGUCCCGCGCUCAUCUGGAGGCGUCCUCCUUCCUCAGCUGUUCCUCGGAUCACACGGUCCGGUUCUGGAACACCGAGGUGUCCUCGUCCCACAGGAACCUCCGUGGCGAUGAUCUGCCGAGCAUCCUGUACGUGGGCGGAGACACGCAGGAGGGGGAGGGGGAGGCGGCGGACGGGAAGGCGGGAGUCCGAGUCCUGGCCAUCAGUCCGGACGGGCAGCAGCUGGCGGCAGGAGACCGCCGUGGAGACGUGCGGGUCUUCGGGCUGCAGUUUCUGGAUCAGCUGGUGAAGAUCGAAGCCCACGACUCAGAGGUGGUGUGUCUGGAGUUCUCACCUGCAUCUACAGGUGUGAGGCUGCUGGCCUCGGCCGGCCGGGACCGCCUGGUCCACAUCUUUGACCAGAACUACAACCUGCUGCAGACCCUGAACGACCACUCCGCCCCCAUCAGUGCCAUCAGGUUCACAGACACGGAUUCUCUGAGUCAGAGCAGCUCUGCUGGCAGCCUCAGUCCUGAAGAGGACGAGGACGGAAACCGUCUGAAGGACCUCCUCCACCGACCGUCCAGCCUGAGUGAAGAGAGGUUCGACACUGACCUGACAGCCCUGCAGCCCCCAGAGGAAAAGCCCUUCCUGAAUCCUCGCCUCAGCAUCUCCACGCGCUUCCUGUCCCGCUUCCAGGACAGAGUCAGGGCGUGGCCGGUCCGAGCUCCGCCUUCCAUCCCAAACAGGAUAGCUGAAGAAAGCCACGGCAGCUGCAUGACGGUGAAGUCGGAGAGGAGCGGCGCCGGGCCGGCCGCCUGGACCCGGACAGGAAGCAGCAGAGCAGCCAACAGGAUUUCCCAGCAGCCUCGGCAGCGUCCUCGGCGUAGACGGCCUAUCGUGGUGGUGGUGCGGUGCAGGCCAGCUCUGGGAGAUGCGACCUCCGGGUCCCACAACAUCAGUACGUCAUCUGUGGAUCCAGCAAAUGUCGACCUGAAUCCAGGAGUCCACCUGGAGCCCCCCCUGCAGGCCGACCUGACCCCCUCCUCAGCCGCCCCCCAGCCGCCAGAGGCUCCGCUUGCUGCUGGUCCAGACCUCCAACUCCCCAACACUGAAGCCCCCCCGGCCCAGAGCAGCAGACUGCAGGUGGAGGCCACGCCUCCUCAGGUAUCGUCUCAGGACAGCAGCACCGAGGAGACUCUGACCAAUCAGAACCAAACAGUGAUCCAGCGCACAGUGCUUCCAGCCCCGCCCAUCACGUCCACUGAGACCAGAGUCCUGCCUGGUCCAGGUGACCCGGUUCUACCUGGAAACACAGGUUCCUCUCCGCUGGUCCCGCCCCUUUGCACCUCCUCGCCGCUCUUAGAAAUGCUCCACCCCCAUGAAACAGACACCUGUCAGUCAGCGCCCCCUGCAGAACCAAGUGAGGUCAGCACAGGUGAGCCAGGUGUGCUGUUCCCUUCACCUGCGAGUCACAACCAGGAGGUCUGCAUGCAGCACUGUCAGCACGUUACCGCCCACCUGCAGCAGGCCGCCGCCCACCUGCAACACGCCGUGCACCUGUACCAGCAGCUCGAGUCCUCGCAGCACGGCGGCCUGCAGGAGGCGCUGUCCAUCAUCCAGUCUCACCUGCAGGGGGCGCUGCCCCCGCUCACCAGGAGGAACUGCAGCGCCCCCUCUGUUCUGCUGGAGGAAGGCGGGGCGAUAACCCGUCUAUAGAAACGUUGAGUCCAGAUGACCCAGGAGAAACUGGAUCAGUCGGAACCAGGACCCAAACUGGACCUCUUUCCCAGAGGCCUCAGCGGUUCUCCUGACAGUCGUUGUUGGUGUUUGUACAGAUUUUGCUAAUAAAGGUUUUGUGUUUUUUAA